AUGUCUUUACGUAGGGUGGUGGUGACAGGUUUGGGUCUGGUGACACCCUUAUCGACUGGUGUGAAGUCUUCCUGGCAAAAGUUAAUAAAUAAUGAAAGUGGUAUAAUCACUCUAAGAUCGAAUGAUAAUGAAAUUGAACCAAGAAACGAUAACAUAAAUAUUCAAGACACGGAUCGAGUAGCUAAAUUGCCUUAUCAUGAAAGGGCGAAAGGUGUAUUUGAUGAAUUACCAGCAACCGUAUCCGGAGUAGUAAAACCCGGAAAGUAUGAGGUUGGUGGGUUUGAUGCAAAGGAGUGGCUGGAUCGUGGGGAUGAAAGGAAGAUGGCAUUAUUCACCCAAUAUGCUAUUUGUGCAGCAAAACAAGCUAUAAUGGAUGCCGAAUGGACACCUACAUCUGAAUUUGAAAAGGAGCGAACUGGAGUAUGUAUAGGAUCUGGUAUUGGAAGCCUCGAAGAUGUUGUCCAAGCAACUAAUACAUUUAAUUCUCAAGGUUCAAGAAAAGUAAGUCCAAUGUUUGUGCCAAGAAUGUUGAUCAACAUGGCGGCGGGACAUUUAUCAAUGAAGUAUGGAUUUCGUGGGCCAAAUCACGCUGCAUCGACAGCAUGUACGACCGGCGCACAUUCAAUUGGUGAUGCAAGUAGGUUCAUACAAUUUGGGGAUGCUGAUGUUAUGAUUGCCGGUGGAUCGGAAGCGUGUAUAUUGCCGUUGUCGAUUGCAGGAUUCGCAAAAGCAAAGUCGCUGGUGACCAAGUACAAUGAUCGACCAGAAGAGGCUUCACGUCCUUUUGAUCGUGAUCGGGAUGGAUUUGUGAUAGGUGAAGGUGCUGGAAUUGUUGUACUUGAGGAUUACAAUCACGCGAGAAACCGUGGUGCAAACAUUUACGCGGAAAUUCGUGGUUACGGUCUAUCAGGUGAUGCACACCAUAUGACCGCACCACCUGAAAGUGGCAAAGGUGCAGAAUUGGCGAUGCGAAGAGCAGUGAAACACGCCCAAUUAUCUUUCAGUGAUAUCGAUUACAUAAAUGCGCAUGCUACAUCAACUUUAUUAGGAGAUAUUGCCGAAAACAAAGCGAUAAAAUCGAUCUUUGAAAGCUCCAUUCGUAAUGAUAAAUCCAAGAAACUGGCGGUAUCGUCGUCAAAAGGUUCAAUAGGCCAUUUGCUGGGAGCAGCCGGAGCAGUUGAAGCCAUUUUUACUAUAAUGGCAAUCAAAAAUAGCAUUCUUCCACCUACGCUAAACCUUCAUAAUCCCGGGAACCCUCCAACCGAUUUUACGUCAUUUAAUUAUGUUCCACUGGUCGCCCAACAUUGUUCUUCUGGUAUAAGAGCUGCAUUAACAAAUUCCUUUGGAUUUGGUGGCACAAAUGCAUCAUUAUGUUUCGUAAAGU